UAUUUUUCUGCACGAUCACCACCUGCUUUAAAGUAGCCAUCAAAGAAAGGUUAUCUAAUACCAAAUAAAUAGGGCUACUGCUGCGUGUUAAUCCUACCCUAAUUUUUUGAUAGCAGGAUGACCUAGAAGAACAUCAUAUCUUUUGGUCUUUUAGUUACUUAGAGCAGCACGAAAGUUGUAUGAACUGCUGCCGUUCAAGUGACUGGCUGGUGUUCCGCCCGCAGGACGUAAAGCGGUUCGUCUCUUGACAACAAGGGACACACCGGCGCUACAGGGCAGGUGCAUCCAGCUCACAGCAGAUGGGGAAUUCUAAUUCGCCCGCACUCUGGCCCUUUAAUAGAGGAGCAGGGUGCGGCUGCUGUUGCUAUGGUACCCGUAAAUGAAAGAUGCUGCAUCUAAAAAGGUUUCUCGCUAGACUACGACAAGUGUUAAAACCUGCAGCAGCUUCAUAGUCUGUUAAUGCAGCUGUUAUUAUUUUAUUUAUUAACGGUAAGAAGUCUAACAGAGAGGACUGUUCACUUCCACUGUAAACAAGAGACCCGAAAGACUUGGCAACACUUACAGUUUAAUAAGUAAAAGAUCUGAAGUGGAGUAAAAUGAAAGGGUGUACUUGGACAUGACGAAAGGGUGUACUUGGACAUGACGAUAAAAGGGGAAAACUGACCCAAAGAGUAAAACUGACUCCUAUGUCUCUGUGGAAUAACUUACAGCAGCAAAGUUCUGCAUUUAAUGUAAUGUAAGGACCAUGACUUAAUUUUCAGAAACCAAAGAACCGCCGAACCCGAACUGGAACAGUGGAAUAAGAUGCGAGAGAUCACUGUCGCCAAAAGAGGGUCUAGAGAUUAGACAGCUAGCCUUUUAACUACAGCUUUGGGACUGUAGAGGACAGACGUUAGCUUUCUUACUUGUACAACGGCUGUGUUGAGGGGGGAAUAUGACAGUACUUAAUGAGUACAACCAGCGCUAUAGACAUAGUUACUUUAAUGGUCAAUACCAGAGGUAAAAGAACAAUACUCAAGGCAUCCUGCAAAUUUGAAGGCUACUAUACAAGAGAUAAACUUUCUGAAGGUAGAAAUAUUCCAAGAUGUUAACAAUGUGUGAUACUCUUGCUAUUUAAAUGAACUGAAAUAUCCCCACUUUUAAAAAAAGACGUUGCAUUAUCCAUGGAAAGGUGGAGAAGUAGGUGCUUACUAAUGGUACAGAAUGAUGGGACAUUGCUGAGCUGCAGUGGAGGCUGGGCGACUUUCUGAUUUGAUCAGGAGGCUGCAGGUCUCCUAUGCUGUAGGGAAACAAUGGACAUGUGACUUAAAAAAGAACUUCAAGGUCCCCAGGUUUGUGGUUUUGAGGGUGAAAUUCCCACUGUUUUUACACUUUUAUCUACCAUUGGCCUGGCAUUCAGCAUUACUCACAAUGCAGUCUUUUGAGCAGCAACAAGGAAAAGCUGGCAUUCCACUAUGAGAGCUAAAAAAAUGGUUGUUUCAUAAAAUGCUUUGACUUUGUGGAAAAAAAAGACUAGACUUGUACUGGCUCCUGCUGCUAUUGCAUCUUCUCACUUGGAUGGAGAGCAGGUUGAUAAGUCCGGAAGAUGCCUGUGAUGAGAGGUCUCCUUGCCCCUCAGAACACCUUUCUGGACACAAUAGCAACAAGGUUUGAUGGUACACACAGCAACUUUGUCCUGGGGAAUGCUCAAGUACUAAAUACCUUUCCUGUCGUGUACUGUUCAGACGGAUUUUGUGACCUCACUGGUUUCGCCCGCGCAGAGGUGAUGCAGCGAAGUUGUGCCUGUACUUUUUUAUAUGGAGCAGAUACCAGUGAGGCCCUCAAGGCACAAAUUCAAAAGGCACUAGAUGAGAGGCACGAAUUUAAGGCAGAGCUCAUCUUUUAUAAAAAGGGAGGUGCUCCAUUCUGGUGUCUGUUAGAUAUUGUUCCCAUUAAGAAUGAAAAGGGAGAAGUUGUUUUAUUCCUGGUUUCCCACAAAGAUAUCACUGCCAGCAAAACAAGGGCUCUAACUGACAGCAGGAGGGAAUCAGGUGGCCAAAGACAUUUUGGCAGAGCAGGAGCUACAGGGUUCAGUGCCAAUCGUAGGAGAAGCAGAGCUGUCCUCUACCACCUUUCUGGGAGCCUACAGAAACAAUCUGACAGCAAACUCAAGCUCAACAAGAGUGUGUUUGGAGAAAAGGCAUCACUCCCAGAGUACAAAGUAGCAGCCAUCCAGAAAUCCCGGCUUAUCCUUCUUCACUAUGGCACAUUUAAAGCAGGUUGGGAUUGCCUGAUUCUCCUAGCCACAUUCUAUGUAGCAGUGACUGUGCCCUAUAGUGUCUGUUUCAACACUGAAAAGGAUGAAGGCAUUGUCUCCUCCCGAGGACCACCUAGUGUCUGCGAUCUUUCUGUUGAGAUUCUCUUCAUCUUAGAUAUUGUUUUAAAUUUCCGUACAACAUAUGUCAGCAAAUCUGGACAAGUGAUCUACAACCCUCACUCAAUAGCUGUCCAUUAUGCAACAACUUGGUUCUUUCUUGACCUAAUUGCUGCUUUGCCAUUUGACCUUUUGAAUGCCUUUAAAGUCAAUGUAUAUUUUGGCGUUCAUCUGUUGAAGACUGUGCGCCUCCUGAGACUGUUGCGACUUCUCCAGAAGUUGGACCGCUAUUCUCAGUACAGUGCUGCAGUCCUGACACUCCUCAUGACCAUGUUUGCACUCCUUGCACAUUGGAUGGCAUGCAUCUGGUACUUCAUUGGCCAGCAGCAGAUCGAGAGCUGUAACUCAGAACUGCCCGAGAUUGGUUGGCUACAAGAACUUGCACGUCGUUUGGGCACCCCUUACUUUGUUGUGGAAACUACACGCACUCCGUUCACAAAUGCCACUGCACCACCUCUGCUUGGAAACUGCAGCAGCAACAGCAGCAGCCAUGAGUUAAUGGGAGGUCCAUCUCUCCGCAGCUCCUACAUAACUUCCUUGUACUUCGCUCUCAGCAGCCUGACCAGUGUGGGUUUUGGCAAUGUGUCAGCAAACACAGACUCUGAGAAGAUCUUCUCUAUUUGUACCAUGUUAAUUGGAGCACUGAUGCAUGCCGUAGUUUUUGGAAAUGUCACAGCCAUCAUCCAGAGGAUGUAUUCACGGCGAUCUCUAUACCACACUCGCACUAAGGACCUGAAAGAUUUCAUUCGCAUUCACCGGAUUCCUAAGCCUCUCAAACAAAGAAUGCUGGAGUAUUUUCAAACCACAUGGUCUGUCAAUAAUGGCAUUGACACUACAGAGCUUUUAAAAGACCUCCCUGAUGAGCUGAGAGCUGACAUUGCAAUGCACCUUAACAAAGAGAUUCUGCAGCUGCCCAUCUUUGACUCUGCCAGCCGGGGCUGCCUACGCUCCCUGUCCCUCAAUAUUAAGCCAUCAUUCUGCACUCCAGGCGAAUAUGUCAUCCGUCAAGGGGAUGCUUUGCAGGCCAUCUAUUUUGUCUGCUCAGGGUCUAUGGAAGUCUUGAAGGACAACACAGUUCUGGCAAUACUAGGAAAAGGAGACUUGAUUGGCUCUGACCUCUCAUCAAAGGACCAGGUGAUCAAGACAAAUGCAGAUGUGAAAGCUCUUACCUACUGUGAUCUACAGUGCAUUCAUCUCAAGGGACUAUAUGAGGUGCUAGACCUAUACCCAGAGUACUCAGUGAAAUUUACCAGGGAGAUUCGGCAUGAUUUGACAUACAACUUGAGGGAGAUCAACACACCAGAGAUAGAUGGUGAUCAACUUAAGUGUGUGCAGAACAAGUUACCAUCCAUUAUUGAAAAUGAAGAGCCUGGCAAAAAUGAAGAUACACUACAAUGUCCAAAAGUAAGUGGCACACAAGGAGAUGGAGGUACUGCUGACAAAUCACCGGGACUCUUCCCAUCACCAAGGCAAGCCCCUCCUUCAUUCACACCACGUAGUACUAAACACUUGUCACCAGGCAGACCGAAUCAUAGGGUGUCCUUAUCCCGAGAGCGGAAUUCAGCAACAUGUAACAAACCGGAUGACAGAUGUAGUCUGGCAAGCAGGAGGGGGAAAGUAAAUGAACUGCAGAUACAUGAUAUUAGCUGGAAUGUUCCCCCAGAUCUAAGCCCUAGGUUUGUGGAUGGGAUUGAAGAUGAUGGAGCAGAGUCUGACAGGCAGAAGUUUGACUUUCUGUCUUGCCCAUCUGGUCAAGGUGGAAGUACUCCUGGGGCAGAAAGUGGCCUGUUAGCUGUUCAGUUCACUCCAACGGCUUCAGUGAGUGACACAGAAAUGACCAAAGAAUGUAUUGCUAACCUGAGCCAAGGGGUGUCUCAGCUCUCUCAACAGGUGUCACAAAUGCGGGAGGAUAUUCAGUCUCUUAUGCAGUACAUUAAGCUGAUGUUGGAAGGCCAGAGGCCACAGACUAAUAUUCUGCCAGGAAGACUAUCACCACACCCUGCUUCUUCUAGUAGGACAGACUUGCGAGCAACUUCAGCUGCUUCUCCACAUGCUCACUCUGUGGAUUUCCAAAGGCUAUACCAAUCAGAAAUUUGGAAUUCACAUCCAGAUGCAUUACGGACUAGAAAUCUAGUAGGACCUUCCAUAACAGCCACACCACCUUGGCCACCAGGAUCUCUGGCGCCGCCUUCCCAGUGGCCAUACUGGGAAAGUUUGGAGAUCUCUACGACACCUGAACAGUUGGAGCCCACUGCUGCUGGUUGUACAGUAGCACCUCCACCACCUAGGGAUGCUUGUUUUCAAGACCUUUGCUGCCAUAGUACAGAAGACAAUGAAUCCCUAAGAUUAAGAACAACUGGACCAUCCAGUCCUAGCAGCUCCAUGCUCUCCUGGGAUCCUGAGGGCAUAGAGAUGGUUUUAGUAGGCUCUCCCAAAGAUGCCUGCAAACAUUAUGCUUUAAAUUCUGUUAAACUUUCAUAUGAAGAUGGUACAAGCCUGUGACACAGAUAUUUUGGGAUGAAAACUUGAUAUGCUCCUUGCAUCCUACUGCAUGAUGAGAAUGUUUCAUUAAAUCACUUUAGGGGAGAUCAGUUUACUCCUUAUAAAAUUUAGUUUUAUAGUUCUAUUGUUUGGCACUUUUUUGUUUAUUUUGGCAUGUACAGAUCUUUGUUUGCUGAUGUUGUGGCUAUAAAAUCCAAUCUAUUGGCAAAUACAUGCAAAUUUACUGGGUAUUUAACCAAAACAAAGUGACAUAGAGUUGCAGAGAUGAUAACCUUAACAUGUUGUUUAUUCCAUGCUGCCAGAUUUUUUUUUUCAGAUCACAAUGUGCAUUAAGGAGAACAUUGUUCCAUACUGAUUGGCUGAAUCAUUUGUCUUGAAUCACUGAAAUACAGAAAGCAAUGAGAACUAUCAUUCAGCAUGCUAAUCUUACUGAUUCUGUUAUUCAGGAGUUAUUUACUGCAAGUUUACUCCCUAAAAAGCCCUAAAAUCAAACUCAUUCAAAAUAAAGAAAAUGAGCCAAUA